CAAUUUUGUCUUCCCUAUUCUUUUUUCAGGAAGCUCCGCCUUUGCUUUGGCACAAAGCCGAACUUUUCCUUGUGCAUCUGUUUCUUCACGGAUGACUUUGCAAAGGAGAUACGGGAAGUCGUUCGCUACCUUGAUUCCACUGUCAAUCCCCCCCGAUGUUCAUGUCGAUUUAUCAAACAUCAGACCCUCUAUUGUAAAAUCGAUACCUCCCGCAGAUCUUGACGGCUUUCUUCGAGAUCUAUGGCAAUUGAACUGUCGCAAUCUUAUUCCAUUCCUCUGCCUCCAACAAGACUGGGAAGUAGAAAGUGUGCCAUGCGUAGGCUUCCGUCCGCCGCCGCUUACCUCGUUGGACACAGUUACUCUGUAUCUGCAGCCCAAGCAUCUCGUCGAUUGGUUGGUUCUAUCAAUGAACCAGUCGCCCGUCAGGAGGGUGGUAGUUUGUGACUCUAUGUCAGUUCUUGCACAACUGACACUUCCUCACCUGCGUACACUGGACCUCCAGAACGGGAGUAUUAGCACCAAUGACCUCUACAAGUUCCUGUUGCGCACCUCUAUUGAAAAUAUCCUCAUCUCUGAUGCAAAACUUAUGGCUUCGACAGAAAAUAUCCACAUCCAACCCCUUCCACGGCUAUCGUACAUCGCAGCCCCGCCUGAUGUCUUAACACUCUUCUCGCCGCAGCUUUUGGCCGCCGUAAGGUCCAUACGCUUACAAGCGGACCCAUCGUCGAUGGAUGCAACACAAUGCGUACAUAAUCACCAACAAGCGUUUCUGUUUAUCUCACAGCUACCCAACGUGCAUAGCUUGAGUGCCUGUCUCGGGGAGCUCGUCUCCACCGGUGCCCUAUGGGCGGACUUUGCGUUCCCCAACUCGUAUGAGCGAGCGGAGCAACGCUUGGUCAACAUUACGGAACUUUCCAUCAAUGAUCUCGUAUCGAUUCCCGCACCUCAAAUCGCAGAAGCGGUUGCGCGUUUUCCCAACGUGCGAAAUCUUUUCAUGUUGGUGCCAUACUCUUGGCCGUGUCUGGAGGAGAUAGCGACUGCGUGCCCUUCAUUAAUCAAGAUAUGUACAAUGGGGAAGAGAUAUGAUUGCAUGUUCCGAUCGAGAAACUAAUAUUCUUAAUUUUCAGUCGUGGCGGGAACGCAGAAGCACUUGUAUUGGCUAAUAUGGUUACCAACUUUCCCUUACUCCCAUGUCCCUAUUUCUAGAAAACCAUCA